AUGGGUUUCCCCAUGAGGUUUUGCUCAUGGGUGCUCGGUUAUAUUUGCAAUCCAUGGUUUUCUGUGCUGGUUAAUAGACAGCUUUCGAAGGCGAUUACGGCCGGUUGCGGGUUCCGGCAGAGGUGUCCACUUUCCCCUUACCUGUUUAUUCUCGGCUUGGAGCUUUUGUCGCUGCAAUUUCACCAAAGAUUUUGUGUUACCAUUCCCAAUGUGAGGAAGUGUCUGUCGAUCCUGGAGGAGUAUUGUUCGUGGAUGGGGCAGAAGAUCAUCAAAAACAAAUAUGCAAUCCUUUUUAGCCGUUCCACAACUUCUUCGACCAAACAUCGCCUUGCUAGGCUCGCUGUUUGUCGCAAGGUUGAGGAGAUGGAUUACCUGGGAAUUCGGUUCACGCUUAGGAGGCCGAAGAUGGCGGACUUUAGCCACCUCCAUCAAAAAAUUCAUGCGCUUACGCUUGCCUGGGGCGUUAGGCACUUAUCAUUUGCGGGCUGGAUUAAUAUGGUCAAUUAG